CGGCAAGGAACUGCUGCUGACAGCCAAUCACGAAGUGGAGGGGGCGGGUCUACAACGCAUGUCAGUGCAGGUGCCAGAAUCGGACAAAGCUCGACACAGAUUGACAGGAGGGGAUAUCGUUAUUAGCUUACGCGGUAGCUAACUUGUCUCUUCAUAUCAGCUGCCUCAGCGCUGUAUGUGCGGCAAUAGUAUGUCAGCGCCUUUACCUGCCAUUGUGCCUGCUGCCCGGAAAGCUACUGCGGCGGUGAUAUUCCUGCAUGGACUUGGUGAUACAGGACAUGGCUGGGCAGAAGGUUUUGCUGGUAUCAGGAUACCACAUGUGAAAUACAUCUGUCCACAUGCUCCCACCAUGCCAGUUUCUUUGAACAUGAGAAUGUCCAUGCCAUCUUGGUUUGAUAUCUAUGGAUUGAACCCAGAUGCAAAUGAAGAUGAGGCUGGUAUAAAAAGAGCGUCAGAGAACAUUAAAGCCUUGAUAGACCAAGAAGUGAAGAAUGGAAUUCCUUCACACAGAAUUCUCCUGGGUGGAUUUUCACAGGGUGGAGCGUUGUCACUCUACACGGCUUUGACGACUCAGCAGAAGCUAGCCGGAGUGGUCGCUCUCAGCUGCUGGCUCCCUCUGCGCAAGUCCUUCCCUCAGGCAUCUGCCAGUUGUCCUAACAAGGACAUGCACGUCCUUCAGUGCCACGGGGACGCCGACCCCGUGGUUCCCUUUAUGUUUGGCAGCCAGACAGCAGAGAAGAUGAAGAGCCUCGUCAAUCCAGCCAACAUCACCUUCAAGUCGUAUCGGGGUCUACCUCACAGCGCCUGUCCAGAGGAAAUGGUGGAUGUGAAACGAUUCAUAGAGAAGCAGCUUCCAGCCAUCGGCGAUGAAUGAUCUUGGAGCUGCACAGCACCGUCCGAGUCCUUCGGGUUUGACUCCUCGGACUCCCUGAACCACUUUCUACUUGACAAUAAACCACGCUGCUACUCAUAGAGCCGGACCGGACUGGGGCUCCAUGUUAACCCGGGAGAGACUGAUAACGAAAAACAAUGCUGUAUCCUGACUUGGUGCCACACACAACCCUCAGUGUUAGAGUAACUUUAGUUGCUUGAUUGUAAAGCUAUGCCAUUAAGACAAGCCAUUUCCUGCAGGAAACACAUGUACUGGAAUAACUAGGGCUAUACUUUAUGGUUUAAUUCCUAAUAUCUCACAAUAAAUGGCUUGUUGUUAAA